AUGCUACCCACCAACAGUUCAGUUCAUCUCUUCACCAACAGUUCAUGCUACCCACCAACAGUUUCAUCUCUUCACCAACAUGCUCACCAACACAAACAUGCUGCCCAACAGUUCACACCCACCAACAGUUCAUCUCUUCACCAACAUGCUACCCACCAACAGUUACCCACCAACCUCUUCACCAUGAUCCCCAAACAGUUCAUGAUCCCCACCAACAGUUCAUCUCUUCACCAACAUGCUACCCACCAACAGUUCAUCUCUUCACCAACAUGCUACCCACCAACAGUUCCACCAACAUCUCCUUCACCAACAGUACCCACCAACAGUUCAUCUCUUCACCAACAUGCUACCCACCAACAGUUCAUCUCUUCACCAACAUGCUACCCACCAACCAACUUCACCAACAUGCUACCCACCAACAGUUCAUCUCUUCUUCAUCUCUUCACCACCAAGUUCAUCUCUUCACCAACCCCACCAACAGUUCAUCUCUUCACCAACAUGCUACCCACCAACAGUUCAUCUCUUCACCAACAUGCUACCCACCAACAGUUCAUCUCUUCACCAACAUGCUACCCACCAACAGUUCAUCUCUUCACCAACAUGCUACCCAACAACAGUUCAUCUCUUCACCAACAUGCUACCCACCAACAGUUCAUCUCUUCACCAACAUGCUACCCAACAACAGUUCAUCUUCUUCACCAACAGUUCAUCAACAUGCUUCACCACAUGCUACCCACCAACAGUCUUCAUCAUACCCACCAACAGUUCAUCUCUUCACCAACAUGCUACCCAACAACAGUUCAUCUCUUCACCAACAUGCUACCCAACAACAGUUCAUCUCUUCACCAACAUGCUACCCACCAACAGUUCAUCUCUUCACCAACAUGCUACCCACCAACAGUUCAUCUCUUCUCAUGCUUCACCAACAUGCUACCCACCAACAGUUCAUCUCUUCACCAACAUGAUCCCCACCAACAGUUCAUCGCUUCACCCAACAUGCAGUUCAUCUCUUCACCAACAUGCUACCCACCAACAGUUCAUCUCUUCACCAACACCAACAGUUCAUCUCUUCACCAACAUGCUACCCACCAACAGUUCAUCUCUUCACCAACAUGCUACCCACCAACAGUUCAUCUCUUCACCAACAUACCCACCAACAGUUCAUCAUCUCUUCACCAACAUGCUACCCACCAACAGUUCAUCUCUUCACCAACUUCUCCCACCAACAGUUCAUCUCUUGCAACAUGCUACCCACCAACAGUUCAUCUCUUCACCAACAUGCUACCCACCAACAGUUCAUCUCCCCACCAACAGUGCUACCCACCAACAUGCUGUUCACCAACAUGCAUCCCACCAACAGUUCAUCUCUUCACCAACAUGCUACCCACCAACAGUUCAUCGCUUCACCAACAUGCUACCCACCAACAGUUUAUGCUCCCCACCAACAGUUCAUCUCUUCACCAACAUGCUACCCACCAACAGUUCAUCUCUUCACCAACAUGCUACCCAACAACAGUUCAUCUCUUCACCAACAUGCUACCCACCAACAGUUCAUCGCUUCACCAACAUGCUACCCACCAACAGUUCAUCUCUUCACCAACAUGCUACCCAACAACAGUUCAUCUCUUCACCAACAUGCUACCCAACAACAGUUGA